GCGACCCCUCAGCACCCCGCAGCAGUCCGACCUGUGUGAUCUGGCACGGCAAGCGCUUUGAGUCAACGAUGCUGAUUGUACGCUACUUAAUCGCCCUGGUCUUCUCCGUCUUCGUGAUGGCCACGUCGCUGCGCGUCGAGAAGCGCUACGGAAGGGAUGCGGACUACAAGAUCUCAACACCCGAUCGAUUGGUCCUCCAGAUGAGCAGCAAAUUGGAGCGAAAGCAGCUGGAGCCCAGACGCCUGGGCAUAUGAGCGGAGCAGGCGGCGGAUGUUUGUGAUUGAAAAUCAAAAUAUUUGUGAAAGGAAACUGUGAACAGUACUAAGGAAUUUAGUUUAACUUGAAGUCAUCUGAUCGCUGAAGCUCGAAAAAUCUUUAAAUUUAUAAUUAAGAUAAAAAACCGGACAUAAUCUAAGUUGAGAACUAUAAUGAAAUUCAUGUCUUCUCCAUGCCAAA